AUGGAGCCGCCGGAGGACGAGCCCUUGCCGUCUCUGCCCUCGAGCAAGACAUCCUCCGCGAACGCCUCGGUUGAAGACCUCACCGCUCUGCCAGACGAGAAGAGCUGGGAACAGGUGGAUCUUAGCCACUAUGUUCACGGCCCGCGAGAUCUAGAUCUCUCCUCUCCUAGAGGUCAUGACAGCCAAUAUGACAUUCUGGAUUCGCAGCAGGGUACCCCUACGGCUGCAGUGUUUGCCCACCAUCAUCCUCCAAGCAGAAAGGAUCAGCUCAAGUACGAGUUUCACUCGCCCUCCGAGCUUCUCCAGGAUCCAAGCACAUACGCAGAGUUACCACCUUCGCCGACUUUAGGCGCAUUGCCUUCUGCCGAGGGCUCUGCUGUCGGCGUCCGCGAUGACCUGGACCUGCAUGAUCUCCCUCCCCUUCCGUCCUCACGUCCGUCCACCCCAGAGAACCAGAUGAUUAGCAUGGAAGAUGUGGACGACACGACACCCACUCAGGCCAAAAUCACUCCUACCAUCCACCGAUCUGCGAGUCCCAAGGAGCGUGAUCUCGUGGAGGUAGCCACUGCUACUGCUGCAGGUGCCGGUCUUGCCAGCCUCGUCGGAGCGGAGGUUGAAAAGCAGGGAGUUCCUCAGGUGGAGACGACCCCUGAGCCCCUGGACAAGAACAUUUCGGAUGCACCUGCAUCUGAGUUUGUGCCCGGAGAUAGGGAAGUGCCAGAGUCUCCGGCCUCUGCUGUGUUUGUCGACGCACCAUCUGCUGUUGUUGCGGACUCUGGAGAUGAAAGUGCUUUCCAGACGCCUGUUGAUGCACCUCUGGCGUCGCCCGAAGAUUCUGGGCCCACUGGCGAGGCCAUUGAGCAGGAAACUACCCGUGAACUGCAACCACAGGUUGAGUUUGAUGCUGCUGCCGAGGAAACAAAACCUGCGGAACCUACCAACGAUAUCAGGGCUCGACCAGAAGAAUCUGCAGAGACUUCUACUUCUUCCAAGAAGAAAAAGAAGAAGGAUAAGAAGAAGAACAAGGCCGCGGAGACAGUCACACAGGAUGUGGGACCGGUAGACACAAGUGUUGAACAAGCUCCUACUCCCUUGGAGGAAGCAUCAAACACUGAAGCAGAGCCGGCUGCUGGAGACCAGCCAAGCGAACAACUCCCUGCACCUGAGCCUACAACGGAGGUUGAAGAGCAGCCACCCACAGAGCCUGUGGAUCCCGUGGAAGCCAUAAAGACGGAGGACUCGAGGGACGUGACAGAGAUGGAUCAACCCAUUCCUGAACCAGAGGUUGCAGAGACCGCCGCCGAUACAAUAGUUUCUUCGAAGAAAGCUAAGCGCGACAAGAAGAAGAAAAAGAAGAGCCAGGGGGCUGCAGCUGAUGAGGCCAUGGAGCCCGGACUUGCAGAAGCAGGCGUAUCACCUCUAGAAACAUCUCCUGAGGAAAAGCCCGACAACACAGAGGAGCAGAGAGUGGAAGAUACACCCAAAUCGAUGGACGAGUUCCUUACGCCGACUGAAGAGCGGUCCAAAUCUCCCGUGCUUGAGGGUCAAUCCGGAGAGGAAAUUCCUUCUGUUCAGGAGGUUGUUGAGCAGGCAGAGACUGAACCGAUGACUAGGGAGAUUCCGGCAGUCGAUAAUGGCUUACAGGCUUCGGCUGAGCCCGCUGCGGCGCAAGAGGCUCAAGAGCCGGUUGCAGUUCCCGUUGAAUCUGGCGGGAUUGAGCCUACAGUGGCGGAAGAAAGGACAGAAGAGCAAACUCCAACAGUCCUGGUGGAGCAGCAACCCGAGACUGCAGUUACUUCUACCGAGCCAAAGAACGACGAGAUCCCUCACGACGAACAGUCUCCUGCCACAGUACAGGAACCCCACGUCGAGGCCGUCCAAGGCAUCGAGGCUUCUGAUAAAGGCCUAGAGGCUGAACCCGACCAGGGAGCUGCGUCCACCGAGCUGCUAGCUACGUCCGAUCAAACUGAGCCCUCCCCUGACUCUGCAGCGCAGACGCAAGAUCCGGCCACAGCUUCCCCGGAAGUUGACACUUCUCUGUCUCGCAAGAGCAGCAAAAAGAAGAAGAAGAAUAAGAAGAAGGCCGGGGCAGAGGUGGCAGAAAGCGAAACGACGGAGGCCUCGCCAUCUGUCCCUUCGGAUGACGCUACUCCAACAACCGAAGUCGAGCCUACCAGCACAGGGGAGGUUGAUCUCAAGACAAAGCCAGAGGAGCCUUCUGAGAACAAAGAAGAGUCCACUAAUCCCCCUCAAUCUGAAGAGCAAGAGGUUGUGCCUGAAGCAUCCGCGGAGUCUAUUCCAGAUCCUUCGGAGAACAAAGAAGAGUCCACUGAUCCCUCUCGAUCUGAAGAGCCAGAGAUUGUGCCCGACGCACCCGCGGAGUCUAUUCAAGAGCCGGCCAAGGAAGUCACCCCGGAUGAACUCGUCGAAGAGCCAACGACGAAGAAAAAGAAGAAGAAGAAGAAUCGCAAAUCAGCCGCUUCCUUGGCUGAGCCUGAAGGGGAAUCUACGUCGGACCCGCAGCCUGAAUAUCAACCCGAAUCUCAGCCUGAAGCUGGACCAGCCGAAGACGCUACCGCGACGCCCCCGCACGACGAAACAAGCGGUGAGCUUCCGCAACCCGCGGCUGACAUCGACGCCCAGGCAUCGCCGGAGCCAGCCACCAACGAAACCCAACAGGACCCUGCAGCCGCCGAGGACGUUGACACUAUCCCUGCCGUAACGGACGAGGAGCCUACCCAGCAGCCUGUGGAGUCACCUGAGGCCAAUGAUGGCACACCACAUGUGUCUGAACAGGUUGAACACGAAGCGGGGGAAACACCAUCUUCAGGCAAGAAGAGUAAAAAGAAGAAGAAGAAGGGGAGUGUCUCUUCUCCGGUAGAUGAGAGUAUGGCGUCGACCGAAUCUCGCAGUCUGGAUGCCGCCGCUGAGCCCACGAAUGAUGUCUCCGUCGAGCCGGAAUCUCAACCUCAAACCGAGCCAGAGGCUGAACCUUCAAACAUUGACCAACAGCCUGAAGCCGAGGAAGAGCAUGGGGAGAAAAAACCGGCUGAAAGCGAAGCUCCCGCAGAGCCGGCCAAUGUUGAAGAGCCUGCCGAACCUGCCGUUCCGAUGACCGCGGCGCAGAAGAAGAAGGCAAAGAAAGAAAAGAAGAAGAAGCGACAAUCGGCUUUGCUCGAGGAGACUACUGUCGAACAAGCAGCUGAGGAGGUUCCACCUGAGAGUAGUGAAGCACCCAUUGAACCCGAGACAAGUGACCCUGCUCCAACGGAGGAGGCAACUCCUGUUGCGGAGCCUGCUCUAGAAGAAGCGAAAGAUGCGGCUGUAACGGAAGCGGAGUCCAUUGAGCAGGAAGCGACAGUCGCACCGACCGAGGAAACAGAACAGCCGGUUUCUAAGGAAGUAACAGAGGAACCUGUAGCUGAAGAACCAGUUGCGGCAGACGCGGAGGCGGAGAAGGGGCAGGAUGAGACCCCUAUCGUCAUCGAAGAAGCUGAGGCCAAGCAAGAAUCGGAGCCUGUUUCCCAGCCUGCGGAGGAUGAACCGAAGCCCCAGACAGUGGAACCAACAGUCUCUGAUGAACCGACCACAAUGAGCUCUGAGGCACAACCGGAAGCCCCGACUCAGCAAGACUCCGAAACAGUUCAAGACUCACACGAGCCAACCGCCACGAAGGAUGUGCCGGAGCUACCAGUCGAGGAAUCUCCUAAGACAGAAGCCGAAGCAGCCCCCGCUGAGGAGGAAGCACAGCCCGCUCCUUCAGCAAAGUCUAAGAAGGACAAGAAGAAAAAGAAGAAGCGCCAAUCUCUUGCCCUUGAGGAGGAGCCACCUGUCAACGAGGCGACUGAAGCUCAGCCUUCUGAGACCCCCAUGGACCCAGUCGAAGUCUCCGAAUCUACAGAAGUUGCUGGUGUCGUAUCCACAGACAAGUCCGAAGAGGCUACACCCGAGGAUAUCGCCAAAGAGGCUCCGCAAGAGCCUGAACCACUGGUCGAAGAAGAGCCUGCGUCUGAAGCCACCUCACAGGAUGCUCCUGUCCCAGUAGAAAGCGAGGAGCAGCAGCAACCCGAAGCUGUGGAAGAGCCUCAGCCUGUACUUUCGAAGAAACAGGCUAAGAAGGAGAAGAAAAAGAAGCGCAAGUCUGUCUCCUUUGCCACUGAGGAGCCGGAAGCCCAGGCUCUUGAGUCUAGCGAACCAGCUAUCGAGCCUACUGCGCCUUCACAGGAGACCAACGAGGAAAAGCCUGACGACGACCCUGUUCAGAAAGGUCCAGACGAUUCCGCCACCACAAGUGCCGAAACUUUUGAACCGAUUGAACCUACUCCUGCUGAGGGGACCGAAGUCUCUUCCGAUGUUCCGCAAGAGCAGGAAGAACAGAAAACAUCUACCGGUAUCGAAGAGAGCUCAGCUGAGCCUCCUCAAGAUAUUGUGACGGAAGAACCAGGAGUCACAACCGAGGAUUUUAAUGAACAACCAACCCAGACUGAGGCGGAUCUGUCAGAAGAGACUCAGCCUGUGGAAGCCGUGGAACAAAAUGCCGAAGAGUCCUCAAAGACGGAUGCCCAGGUGGAGACGGAGACCGUACAAGAGCCUCCUACUCCGGAGGCUGGUGAGAAGGGUGAAUCUGAACCCGCCUCAGAGCAAGCACCCACUGAGCCGGAAACACCGGUGGAUACAGAGCCUGAAGCUACGACGCCGAAGUCCAAAAAGGAUAAGAAGAAGAAAAAGAAGAAGCAGAAGGCUCUUGAAUUGAGCGAGGAUGUUGCUCCUACUCCUGAAUCCCCAGUUGAAGCACCUCAGCCGGCAGACGAGUCUGAGAAGCAAGUCGAAACACCCGUUACUGAGUUAAAUGAUGCUGAAGGGACUGCGGACUCGGGAAAGCCAGAAGAAACCCCCCAGCUUACGGAGGAGCCUCGAGUCGAGAUGACCGAAGAAGAACCAAAGGUGCCGGAGACUGUUGACGAGCCUCGGCAGCAAGCUGAGACGCAGGAGGAAGCUACGGCUGUAUCCGAGGCUGAACCGUCUGCUGCACGAGAGGAGCCCCAGCCGAGCGUCCCAGAAGAGGAGAUGCAAAACGAAACGGCGAAGGACGAUGUGAUGGCCAACAUGUCCGCCAAGGAGAGGAGAAAAGCCAAAAAGAAGGAGAAGAAACGCCAGUCCAAGAAUCUGGAUGUCGAGACCACCGAAGCCGCUGCUCCGACCCCGUCAGACGAUAAGCCUCAAGACGAAACACCCGCCGCCGACGAUACGGCGCGCGACGCCCCCGUCGAAGAAGCCAAGCCCGCCGACGAACAGUCCUCGCUUGAGACGGCAAUCGCCCCUGCUGAAGAUCACGGUAAAGACAAUCAGUCCCACGGCACCGAAAUGCACGCCGAUACCGAUAAAGAUAUGAUUUGGACUGAUGAGAUGGUGUCUUCGCAGGUAGAGCAACAGCAGCAUCAAUCACUGCCGGAAGCGACUUCAUCCGAGUCUCCUCUCCCACCCGUGCGUGAUGUUGAGGGUGAGGUUGCUACUCCCGGUGAUGAGAUCAAGGCCGUUGAUGAGAAUGUCGAGGAGUCGGGAGUAGCUGGCGAGGCGGAAGGUCGUGACCUCCCCGCUGAAGGUGCCGAAGAACCAAACCAGGGUGAAGCCAGGGGCGUGAUGGAGGGUGGAGAAGAGGCAGUGGUGCGUGAAGACGAAGGAGCUGAUGCACCUCCAGAGCAGACGGAUGAGCAUGUUGAGAGAGAGGAGAGAACCGAGGAUGUACCGUCUGGUGGAGAUACGACUGAGUCUGUUGCUGAGGCUCCGCAGGUCACCGAGGAAGCAGUGGCUCAGGCGGCCGAGACAAUUGAGGAUCAGCCGGAGAAAGAGCAGGCGAUGAGUUCAGAGGCUGCAGUGCCGGAGCCAGUCACAUUGUCGAAGAAGAAGAGCAAGAAGGAAAAGAAGAAGCAGCGUCAAGCGCAGAGAGCUCUGGCUUCCGCCGAAGAAGAACAAUCUGGUGAAACCGCCAAAGAGAUCAGUGAGCCCACAGCUAAUGUUGAAGCUUCUGAGCCUGUUCCCGAUCAACUUGAGGUGCCUGAAGAGAAGGCUUCUGGGACUGAAGAAACAGCGCCCCCUGCUUCUGGCGAGACAUCUGGAGCUAUCGUCGGGGGCAGCGAACAGGAGGCCGAGCGCACUGUUCCACCAUUCGAAGAAAAGUUGGAAGAAUCUGCGCCUGUCGUGGCGGAUGAAGCUCUUGCAGAAGAGCCCAAGGAGCUUGUUGAGAGCGAGGAGCCUGCAAAGGAAAUGGAGGCUACAGAAGUUGAAGCAGAGCCUGUGAAAUUGCCUGAGCAAGCUGUCGAGGUGGAGCAAACGAAUGAUGGAGAGUUGGCGGGCGUGAGCAAUGACGUUGGUGAAAGAGAACCUGAGCUUGAACCAGAGUCGGUUUCAGAGCCUCUUACCGAAGAGAAGGCGCCGGCAAAGGAGGAUUUGGAUGCUACAAUAGCAGAGCCUUCUGAAACCCAGCCUGAGGAGAGUUCUGAGCGAGUGGAGGAGCCGACUCUCAGCCGCAAAGAAUCCAAGAAGAAAAAGAAGAAGGCUAAGAAACAGGCUAAAGAACAGGAGGUCUCCGAGCCUGUUAUUGUCAGUCCUGCCGAGAAAGAACUCCCUGCCGAAACAGGAUCUACGCAGUUGAAAGAUUCUGCUGAUGUCCUUGAGGCGCCGAAAGGACUAGUUGAAGAAGGGCCUGCGGAGAGUUCAGAACAGCCUGUCGAAGAGAAGGAGCCAGCUGUAUCUUUGGAUCCAUUCGAGGUUCCAUCUGAAGAAGACAAGGAUAGAGGCUUAACUACAGAGCCUGCAGAGCAGGUCGUUCAGGCUACGGACAACCAGGAGAAUCUCCAGCAGGAAGGGCCGAAGAGCGAGGAGUCUCAAGCUAAGCUGGGAGCUCAGGCUCUCGAAAAAGAAGAUGACCUCGAAAUGGCCGGGGACCUUAUUGAAGGUCCUUCCACCCGACCGGAGGUGGAAGUUCCGGUGACCAGGAAGCUAUCCAAAAAGGAGAAGAGGAAGGCCAAGCAGCAGGCCAAGCUGGAAGCUGAAGAGCCAGCCCAAGAGCCCGCCCAAGAGCCCGCCCAAGAGCCGGAGCCGGAGCCGGAGACAAAGACGGAGCUAGUUGAAGAACAGCAGCCUCAGGAGGCUGAGACUCUGCCAGCUGAGGAGAGUUUGGCUGAGGACCCUCUACUUUCCCGAAAGCUGUCUAAAAAGGAGAAGAAGAAGAAGGGGAAGGGGAAGAGCGCAGAUGAGAGCCAAACGAUUGAGCCCCCUGCAGAGCCCACCACUCAAGACGAAGAGGGCUGGCCUACGAUAGAUUGGGAAAAGGGCCAGGUUGAUACUGUGGAAAAGACACCUCAGUCGUCGCCUGAGGCCCAUCAUGUGACGCCCUUUGAGCCUGCGAUUACCGAGUACGACGAGUCUGCUAUACCUGAAGGUGUGAGUCGCCACGCUGAUGAAUCAUCUGUGGACACUGCAAGAGGCGAUGAUAUUGCUCAAGACGAGAAGGGGCCAGUGCUGGAAACGAGCGUUCCUGACAUGACUAAAGAGGCACCCGUGGAAGCCAGAGAGAUCCCUGAGACUACGGAGAAGCCCGUGACUGAGCCCGUUGUGGAACAGUUCCUACACGACGUGACAGCGUCUGUCCCCGAGAAGCGCCGGAUGGACCAAGUUGAUGUGCUACCACACAAGCAAAGCAAAGUAGCGAGCAUUUUUCCACACCUGGAACGAGGGCUGUUCAAACGUCCCACGUCGACCGAGUCAUUGCGUCAGGGAAAUGAUGGGGCUGAGGAUGAGACCGUUGAGCACGAAGUCAAGCGCGAUAGUGCAAUUCCCGUCUCGGAGGCGCCCAUUUCGACACCAACUGACAACAACGACAGUGGGUAUAUCCCCGAUCCAUCACCAGAGCAAGUCUCUACUCAGACUCGGGAACCUACACCACAACGACUAGAGGAGUCCGCAACACCCGGCAGUCAAGAGGUCUCCCGCUCAAUUGAUGCCGAGGCACCGGGUGUUACUCCCUUGUAUGCACCUACACCGAUUCACGAUCAGACGUCUACUCUGGUUUCCACCGCGCCAGUUCAGGAAGUCCGACAGGCGAGCCCGGAUUCCUGCGAACUGCGCCGCAGCCCUUCUAUUCAUGGGCGACACAACCAUCCCCCGCGGUCCUGGUCACUGGAAGAAGAGACGUCGCUUCCACCGGCCAAAACGCCGCCACCGCCGCCGUCGCUUGGGCCAUCAGCGAUGGAGGCUUCUCCUCCUCGAACCCCAUUGCAUACCAUUACGGAGGAUGAAGCGGAUGGACGGGUGGAGAAAACCAGCGGCACCCGAACCAUGGGCGAAGCACACGGGACGCCCCGUCUAGAGAUGAGACCCGAACAUGUCCUUCCUCGACCUCAAACGCCCGUCCGCAAAUUCACCGACAAUGCACUGGAUCGUCAGCGAUGGCCCACGCCCGACACAGCCGAUGAUGGAAGCGGAGAACUGGAGGUGAAGAAACGGGGACUCCAGCGGGGGCUCUUUGGAUCCGCCGAGGUGCUGAAAACCCCCGAUCAGGGCAUGCCGAUCCUACGACCCAGCAGUGUGGGUAGCAUCGCGAGCAGCGGCGGCGGAGGAGGAGCACGAUCGCUGCGACGCACGAACCGCAGCACCAGCGGCGAUCUGCGGGCGGCAGCCACUCUGGCGGCUGGUGGUUCGCCCCAGCCACCCGCGUCGCCCCCUCAACCGACCGACCUGAGCGUCGAGCACAUUCCCUCUUCCUCCUCCUAUGACCCCCUCACCGACAAGGGCAAACGGCCCCUACGCAGCAUGACCGAUGUCUACGAGGGUUGGGGCGAAACUCCCAGCUCGCCGCGGUCGCCCAGUCGACCGCCCAGUAUCCGCCAUCGCCGAAGUAUGCAACACCUUCAAGAACUGGAAUCCCGCCUCGACCAACUCAUCUCCGAAAAUCGUCUGCUCAUCGCCGCCCGUGAUGCGGCCGAGGAUAAGCUCCGCAGCGCCAGCGUCGCCCGCCGGAAAAGUGACCAUGCCCUCAACAAUCGUGAUGCCGACUUGCGCGACCGGGAGGCCGAGCUGGAACAGCUGAAGAACUCGGUGGAGUGGCUGCAGAAAGAAGUAUCCCGGUUGAACCAAGAGAAUGAGGGACUGUCCACCACCAAUGCCAACCUCACUGCCGCUCAUGUCGCCGAGCUUCAGUCCGUGCGUGAAUCGUCCUCCCGCGAGCUGGAAGUCUUGCGGUAUGAAAACCAACAAUUGUCGACCGAUCUCCACGAGAAGAUCCGACAGCAGAUCGACGCUGCCUUGACCCAGAAAAACACUGAGCUGCGUCGCCUGCGAGAGGAGCUGGAGGGUGCGCGCGACAAGGUCAAGGAGCUCCAGCAGCAGAUCGCCGCGUCCAUGCAUGACAAUGUCAUUGUCUUCCGAGACGAGGACUACUUCGAUGCGGCCUGUCAGAAGCUCUGCGGUCACGUCCAACAAUGGGUGUUGCGCUUCUCCAAACACUCGGACCAUCAUCGCUGUCGCAAGCUCAUCGACCUACAGGACGAAAAGAUCGCCGAUCGCUUUGACAAUGCCAUCCUGGACGGUUCUGACGCCGACAUCUAUCUCGCCGACCGCGUACGGCGACGCGAUGUAUUCAUGUCCGUGGUCAUGACUAUGGUGUGGGAGUUCAUCUUCACUCGGUACCUGUUUGGCAUGGACCGGGAACAGCGACAAAAGCUCAAAUCUCUGGAGAAGCAGUUAGCAGAGGUGGGCCCCCGGGCGGCCAUCCAUCGCUGGCGGGCCACCACUCUGACCCUCCUGGCCAAGCGGCCGGCCUUUGCCCGCCAACGGGAGAGCGACACGGAAGCGGUCGCGUUGGAAAUCUUCGACACGCUGUCGCGCAUCCUGCCGCCGCCGAGUCACGUGGAAGCACAACUGUUGGAGUCUCUGCGCAAGGUACUCCGGGUUGCCGUCAAUCUUUCAAUCGAGAUGCGCACGCAGCUCGCCGAAUACAUCAUGCUGCCGCCCCUACAACCCGAGUACGACACCAACGGAGACCUUUCCCGGCAGGUCUACUUCAACGCGUCUCUGAUGAAUGAGCGCAGUGGGGAGACCACCUCGAACGAGGAACUGGAAUCCCAACAAGCAGUGGUGCGCGUCGUCUUGUUCCCUCUGGUGGUGAAGAAGGGCAACGAUUCCGGCGAAGGCGACGAUGAAGUCGUGGUCUGUCCGGCGCAGGUGUUGAUCGCCCGUCCCGGCAAAGACAAGAAAAUGAGCCGGAUACUGAGCAGCGAUCGCAUGUCGCUGGAUGCAACAAAGUCGGUCCACAGUAUUGCUCCAUCAUCUACCAUGGACAUGAGCAAUGUGGUUUGA